AUGGAACCAGUGCAGUACAGCUACGAGGAUUUCUCUCGCUUUCCCACGUUUGUGUUGUGGAUUAUGGGCUACGACAUGCUGGGCAUUUCAAAGACACGAAUCCGAAGGAUGCUAUUCCGCUUAUAUCGUUUUCUCUGCCUAAGCAGCCACAGUGUCUGCGUGGGAUUAAUGAUAUUUCGAAUGAUCGAGGCCAAAACUAUAGAUAAUGUGUCGCUAAUCAUGCGCUAUGCCACUCUAGUCACCUAUGUCAUCAAUUCAGAUACCAAAUACGCCACAGUCCUACAGCGUGUUGCCAUCCAAAGCCUCUACUCCAAACUGGCCGAUCUGUAUCCGAAGACCACGCUGGACAGGAUUUAUCACCGGGUGAAUGAUCAUUAUUGGUCAAAACCGUUUGUCUACUUAGUUAUAAUUUACAUUGGAUCCUCAAUUAUGGUUGUCAUUGGACCAAUUAUCACAUCAACUAUAUCGUACUACACACAUCAUGGCUUUGCCUACAUGCACUGUUAUCCUUACUUUUUGUUUGAUCCUGAAAAGCAUUCAUUUUGGAUCUACAUAGUAAUCUAUACUCUGGAGUGGCUACACAGCACCCAGAUGGUCAUCUCGAAUAUUGGCGCAGAUAUCUGGCUGCUGUACUUCCAGAUACAGAUUAAUCUUCAUUUCAGAGGCAUUAUACGUUCGCUACAGGAUCACAGACCUAGUGUGGAGAAUGACGAGGAAGAUCGAAAAUUUCUGUCAAAAAUUGUGGACAAGCAAGUGUAUCUUGUCAGGUUACAAAAAGAUCUGAAUGGAAUUUUUGGAGGAUCAUUGCUAUUGAGCCUGCUGACCACCGCAGCGGUGAUCUGUACAGUGGCGGUUUACACCCUGAUUCAAGGACCCACUUUGGAGGGCUUUACUUAUGUUAUUUUUAUUGCCACUUCGGUAAUGCAGGUGUACUUAGUAUGUUAUUAUGGACAACAGGUCCUAGAUUUGAGUGCCGAGGUGGCCCAUGCCGUGUACAAUCAUGAUUUUCAUAAUGCCUCUAUAGCGUACAAGAAGUACCUGCUGAUAAUUAUCAUACGGGCACAGCAGCCCGUGGAAUUGAGUGCCAUGGGUUACCUGCCCAUAUCACUGGACACCUUUAAACAGCUGAUGAGCGUGACUUACCGCGUCAUAACCAUGCUUAGACAGAUGAUUCAGUAG